UACAUUUUUGUCUAUAAAACUCAUUUUAGAUAUUUUAUCAUACACCAAAUCAAAAGGUUAGUAAUGUAUAGAGAAACAUUUCACUCAAGUGACUCUAAACGUUUGAACGGUGGUGUAAAUAGACACUCUCUUAUAAAUAGACACCAGCUAUUCAAACGGGGGAUUUCCUUUAAUAUCCUGAGCACAGCAGUGAUUGUGUAACGACCAGAGAGCUUCAGACAGGACUGAGAGAGGAAGGACACUCAAAAGACCAACAUCAUGUCUGAUGAACAAUCCUCUGUAUGCCCCGGGUGCCAGGGUGAAGGGUCUCUCCUACUACCCUGCGGGCACAGUCUGUGCCAGGCUUGCUUGCGGCUGUGCCAGCGCGAGCUCGGGCCGGACCACCAGGGCUGCACGGAGUGCUAUGGGCGUGAGCUGCUGGACGGCGUGUUGAAGGGCCUACUCAGCUCGCUCUUUGAAGGGCAACCUCGUCGGGUGGGAGUGGAGGGCCGAGAUGGACAGGAAGAUGGGAAACUGUGUAGACAGCACGGAGAGAAGCUGACACGGUACUGUGUGGAGGACGAGGAGCUGAUCUGUGAUCUGUGUCAAGAAGACGAACAUGACGAUCAUGAGUGUAACUUUGUACAAGAGGCAACGGCAGAGUUUAAGGGGAAGCUCCGAGAAGCUCUGAGACCCCUGCAUGAGAAACUGGAGACAUUAAACACAACUAAACAAACCUGCCAGGAAACAUCAGAACACAUCAGGAGACAGGCACAGCACACGGCUCAUCUCAUUAAAGAGAACUUUGAGAAACUCCAUCAGUUCCUGCACGAUGAGGAGAACUCAAUGCUGGAGUCUCUCACUGAGGAAGAGGAGCAGAAGACUCACAGGAUGAAGGAGAAGAUGGAGAGAUUAACAGAUGAGAUUAAGACAUUAAAAGAGGUCAUUGGUUCAACAGAAGAGGCCAUGGAUGAAGAUGAGCUGCUGUUUAUUAGGAACUACAAGAAGACAUCAGAACGGUUGAACUGUAGUGUACAGGAUCCAGUGGAAAUCUCUGAGACUUUGAUCGAUGUGGCCAAACACAUUGGCUGCCUUAAAUUCAAAGUUUGGGAGAAUAUGCAGUCCAUUGUCACAUACACUCCCGUGAUUCUGGAUCCAAACACGGCAGACGUCUGCAUAUCUCUGUCUGAUGACCUCACCACCAUCCUCUACUCUGAAGAAGACCAACAGGUCCCUGACAACUCUGAGCGCUUCUGUUUCUACGAAUGCGUCCUGGGCUCUGAGGGUUUCAGUUCCGGUCGCCACAGCUGGGAUGUUGAGAUUGGAGAGUGCAGCGAAUGGGCCCUGGGUGUGGUAGCAGGCAACAUACAGCGUAAGGAAUGGUUUCCCCCGAGCCCUGAACGCGGCAUGUGGACCAUCUGCUUCUACGGUGAUGAGUAUCAUGCACGGACGGCAACCAACGAUCCUCUAAAGUUAAAGAAGAAACCUCAGAAGAUACGAGUUCAGCUGGACUGGGAAGGUGGCAGAGUGAUGUUCUCGGAUGCCAGUGACAACACCCUGCUUUACAAAUACAAACACAAGUUCACAGAGAAACUGUUUCCUUAUUUCUCCAACACGUGUAAAAGGUAUCCGCUGCAUAUCUUAGGAGAGAAGGUGUCUGUUUACACCGAGUAAAUCAGAGUUAACGUUAACCUCAAAGACUUAACCAAGAUGUCCAUAUGGAAAACACGAUUAUUAAAUUAUGAUGUUGUCACGACUGUAGGGCAAAUGUUAAAAGUUUAAUGGGGCAUAAUAACUGCAUACAGGAGUAAAAUCUUGGGCAGCUGUAAAGUCAUAGGUAUACCGGUAAUCUUAGUUUGGGUGAGAGGCCAUGGGGGCACUGCCCCCCCCCAGACCAAAGCCAGUUAUGAUUUUGUCUGAGCUAUUAAUGAAAUAGAAAUGUGAGAAUUCAUAUUUUAUUUGUAUAAUCUUAUUAUUUUAAUAGAUAUAGUAACUUAAGGCUAAAAUAGUUUAAAUUCAUUUAAACCAUAUUUAAUUUCAAACUAUUGCAGGACCCUUGUUUGCCUGUAAGUGCCCCCUAAGCACAAACACGAAACUGCAUAUGGGUUCAAACCUCUCAAUGUUUGAGCUUUUAGUGCAUAGAUUUAAGACAGGAAUUGUUUUAUUAGGUUUUGACUGACAGUAGCCUAUAUUUUUUUAGCAAUUUUGUCAAAUUUGUUAAGUGAUUACAAAUAAUUUCACAAGCCAUUCCACCAAAUCUGUAACAUUUGCAUGUUGUAACUUGUCAAAAUUGAAGUUAAUUUUUUAUUCUUUUUUGUCAAAAUUGAAGUUAAUUUUUUAUCUUUUUUUUGUCAAAAUUGAAGUUAAUUUUUAUUUAUUUAUUUUUUGUCAAAAUUGAAGUUCAAUUUUAACC